AUGCGUGCCUUUUAUCUGCUCUCCCUCAGCCUUGUUGCGGCAGCAGAUCGACCCUCGAAUCCUAACCUCCUCUCAUAUGGACAAAAAGGCCCUCUGCUAGGAACCUUCUUUGGGACUCCAGGCGCCGACGCAAUUUUUGACUAUGUGGUUGUCGGCGGUGGGAACGCCGGCCUGACCGUCGCCAGCAGACUCGCCCAGAACCGAUCAGCGAGCGUCGCGGUCAUCGAGGCCGGAAGCUUUUACGAGAUCGACAAUGGGAAUAAGUCGAUCGUUCCUGGCUACGCGCCGUACUUUGCCGGGACAGACCCGGAGGACUACCAGCCGCUGAUCGACUGGGGAUUCUUAACAACCCCCCAGCCUGGUGCAGGCAAUCGCACCGCGCAUUAUACCCGGGGUAAGACGCUGGGAGGGAGCUCCGCGCGGAAUUUCAUGCUCUAUCAUCGGCCCACGGCAGACAGCAUGCAGAGAUGGGCGGAUGAGGUGGGUGACGAGAGCUAUACGUUCGACAGGAUGCUUCCGUACUUUAAGAAGUCGUGCCACUAUACGCCUCCGGACCAGAGUCUGUACGUCAAUAGUACUAAUACGCAGACUCCGGACGCGUUUGAGCCUUCGGGGGGUCCUCUGCUGGUUUCUUUUGGCAAUAGUGUCGAUGCGUUUGGAACUUGGGCGCAGAGGGCCUUCACUGCCGUGGGCUUGGAGGAGAUCGAUGGCCUGAACAGCGGUAGGCUGCUAGGAGCUGCAUACGGAACCUCCACGAUCAACCCGAAGAACGCACAGCGUUCGUCGUCCGAGGCGAGUUUCCUCCAGGAGGCCAUCGCCGGCGGCUCGCCUCCUACGAUCUACAUCAACGCCAUGGCGCAGAGAAUCCUGUUUGACGAGAACAAGGUCGCAACGGGCGUCCAGGUCUCAACAGCAGGGACAUUCGGCACGCCACCGGCCAACUACACCUUGAACGCUCGCAAGGAGGUCAUCGUCUCCGCCGGCGCGUUCCAGUCUCCCCAGCUGCUCAUGGUCUCAGGCGUUGGAGCAUGCGACCAGCUCUCAGAAUUCGGCAUUGACUGCAUCCACGACCUGUCCGGCGUAGGCCAAAACCUACAAGACCACGCUUUCUUCGGCUCCGCACAUCGAGUCAACGUCCUCACGGCGUCUGCAUCAGCCAACGAUCCAUCCCUGGCUGCCAGGCAGGUAGAGCAGUACCUCGCCAACGCCACCGGCCCGCUCUCCAUCUUCGGCGCCGGAUACUACGGCUUCGAGAAGCUGCCCGAACCGUAUCGCUCGCAGCUCUCCGAGACCUCCAUCCAGGCGUUGUCCAGCGUCCCAAGAGACUGGCCAGAGAUCGAAUGGCUGCCGCUGAAUUCCUGGGUCGGGGACGGGUCCAACUUCAUUACCGGCGAUCCACGCGACGGUCACAACUACGCCACCAUCGCGACGGCGCUCGGUGCGCCGUUCUCUCGAGGGUCCGUGACGCUGGCUGAUGCUAGUAUGAAUACGCCGCCUGUCAUCGACCCGCAGUGGCUUGUUGAUCCCACAGACAUCGACCUGGCGAUUCAGUCGUUCAAGCGCCAGCGUCAGAUCUGGGAGGUGCUUGUUAGAAUGGGGAUUGCUGAUGCGCGCGAAGCGUAUCCCGGAGAGCAUGUCCAGACGGACUCGCAGAUCCGCGAGUAUUUGGCCAAAAGUGUGAUUCCUGUGUUCCAUGUGGCUGGCAGCUGUAAGAUGGGACGAGAAGAUGACCCACUGGCGGUCCUGGAUAAUAUGGCUCGGGUCUUUGGAGUACAGAGCUUGCGUGUUGUUGACGCCAGUAGUUUUCCGUUUAUAACGCCGGGACACCCGCAGGCGGUGGUGUAUGCUCUUGCGGAGAAGAUUGCAGACGAUAUACUGGCUGGGAGAUAG